AUGAGUGACACGCCUGUGCGACAAGAGUUUUGCUUGCUCGCCGGGCUGGGUACCAGCAAGCCGGUCUCAACGGUUUUCGACGACAGCUACGACACGGUUAAGUUAAAGCCAAUGAAUAGAGAGCAAUGGUUCCGCCAGAACGCCACGGGUGCGAUCCAGAGGCUGAGAAGAUUAAGGAAGGUGGGUGAGCGUGGAAGGAGAGACUGUGCGGGCUCUUUUAAGAGGUUAUGA